ACAGCACAGAUUCACGGUCCCAAGUAGUCGUUUUAUAUUUCCUGUGCCUUAUCACUUAACGCAAUGCGUGAUAAAAGUAUUAUUGUGACUACAUUGUUAGUAGUUUUCUGCACAUCGGUUAUAGAAUCAGUGCCGUUCAUCAAGAAGUGUAAGUCUGAUGACGAUAAAUGUAUAAAAGAGUCCGCGAAAGCAGCUAUUCCGGUCUUUGCCACCGGCCUGCCGGAAUAUGGUGUCAAAUCAUUAGAUCCUGUUACAUUCGACAAAAUGGAUGCCAGCUCAAACGGCCUAAUGCUUGUACUGACCGAUGUCAAAGUAACAGGCCUUAAAAAUUGUAUAGCAAAGAAAAUCAAGUAAGUUUUACUAUUUAUGAUAUUUCACUAAAUUUUUCGAAAUAAUAAUCGCUCGUAUUUUUUUAAACGUUACCCUCACAUUAGGAUUUUCCCUCUAUCGUGAAGGCAGUGUACAAACAUAAAAUACACAAAGACAAACAUUUAGACCCAGAACAAUUAUUUGUAGGCCAUACAAAUACUUGUUCCGUGCGGGAUUCGAACCCGCGGCCCCCAGAGCUGCAACUCACCGCUAAGCCACUGCGCCACGGAGCCGUCAGCUUAAAGUAAUUAAUUUUAGAAAAAAUCUUUCAAAGUAUUUAUUAAGGAUAAAAUUGUGUGUUUUUUUAAUUAUAAAUUAGCUUCGUAUUAAUAAAAAAGCAAACAUAAUAGCGAAAAAUCUUAAUGAAGUGACUGAUAAAAAUAGGAAAUAAAAAUAACAUCAAUACAAUUAUAAACAAUUACAGAACAUUUUCAUAAAUUAGUUUUUGUUACGGGUUUUACACUUUGAAUAAUUUAUAUUUGUAUUUAUCUUUUCGCUAACAAUAAAAUUGGCGUUUUUUAUCAUCUGCUUCAAUCGACUCUCAUCACGCAUUAUCACCUCUUCGCUAAUUUUCUGCCGACUUCCAAAAAGGAGACGGUACUCAUUUCGACUGUAUGUUUUUUUUUAAUGUGUGUUACCUCAUAACUUUGUACUGGGCGAACCGAUUUCGAUGAUUCUUUUUUUAUAUGAAAGCUGAUAGUGAUCAAGGUCAGACCAAUGGUUAUUGAGUUAUUCUUAAAUAACCUAUAUUGAAGUCGCUUAUAUUGAAGUCGGCUGUACAAAAUUUUUAAUUUUAAAUUAUAAUUUUAUAAGUUAAUAUCCUAUUUCCAAAAGCAGAUUCAAUAACAUUUGAUAAAGAAUUAUGUGAAUUUAAAAGAUUAUGUUGACAUCAAAACUAUUUAUAUUAAUAUAUUUAUUUAUUUCAAUUAAUCUAGAGAUGGAUGCCUAACAUGUAGGUAGAGGCAACCAUGCAAGAAUUUUUAUUUUCCAUAACUUAUUGGUUAUUCGAUCUAAGUGACUGACAUAUUGCUAAAUCAACUUAUUCGAGUAAAACUUCAAACGUAACUCUCACAGCUUGCUCAAUGAUAUGGCCGUAUACAGAAAGAAAGUUGGCAGCCUAUCAGCGCUUAUAGGGAUCGGUCCAUGCUGGUAACCGGCGCAGGCAUUAAUAUGAACAGGCGCCGAUAAGCGUCGAUAAGCGCCGAACGUCGCCGACAAGUUCCGACAAUCUUCUAUACGCGCCGGUCAGUGUUGGCGCCGCCCGCUAUUUAAAAGUAAAGAACAACUAUACGACAACACGUACAACUACGACAUGCAUACUCGUAUAUUUUUGUUAAAUAGAGAAAUGAAUAGUGACGUGUUGAUUGUACGGAAGACGGCAUAUCAAGGGUAACACUUAGAUACUUUUUAAAAUCGCUCUUAUCUAUAUACAUAUAAUAUACGCCGAUAAGCGCUGGUAGAUCGGCGCCGCCUACCAGCUUUUUUUCUGUAUACGGCCUUAUGUUAUACAGCCAGCAUUUAUAGAUCACAUCAGUUUUCUUUGUAAUAUUUCUAUCUUAUAUAUAUAUAUCUAACCUUAGAAAAUAUAUAAUCUUAGAAAAAGAAAAAGACUCUACAAAGUUUUUUUUUUAAUACUCAUAUUAUUCUCCAUCGGACCGCAAAAGUCCAAUACUGGUCUUGAGCCUCUCCUGUUGAAAUCACGCUUGGUAGGUGGGUUAAUGAGACGUCUUGCACUUUGACACUGCUCCCCGUGGCUGAUCUGGAUACUCGUAUUUUACGUCUUGCGACGACAAGGUGGUUCUAGCGCCAAUUAUAGGAAGCCUUAACAUCUCUAGGGAUUUCUUACAGUCGUCUCGUACGACACCCACGGAGCAAAAUAGGGUGAUGGAUUCUUUUUACGCUGCCACCACAUUUUUUAAUACGGGUGAUAUACAUAUACGUAUAAUAACCUCUUUGAUUGUGUAUGUUUGUUUAUUAAAUCUGAUUUUGCUGUACUAAGAUCAUUUAUCCAUCCAUCAGAGUCUAUGGAAAGGCCACUGCUGAACAUGGGUCUCAGUCAUAUAUCGCCUUAUAGGUGAGAUAUUUCGAAUAGUUACCGCGCUUGAAUACACGAAAGUUAUGAAGUUACCGCUGCCCAUUUCCUGUUUUAUUUCCCUCUAUUGUCCUCUAACGACACCCAAGUGACGAUGUGGGGUAUAUGAUUCUCUAAACCUGCAACAACACGGCUCUUUCUUACUGACAAUAUUAAUGUUAAUUAAUUACAUAUCGAAUGACGUGCACUUUCGUGGUCAUUUGGAAGAGAAGGCCAAAUUGGCCUCUAAAAAGCUUGGCGUGCUCAGCAGAGCGGGACAGUAUUUCAUGCCGGCACACCGCCUGCAACUUUACAAGGCGCAGGUACGGCCUCACAUGGAAUACUGUUCCCAUCUCUGGGCAGGGGCUCCCCAGUACCAGCUCCUUCCACUUGACCGCAUCCAACGCAGAGUGGCUCGAAUCGUCGACGACCGAGCCCUUUCCGAUUGGCUCGAUUCAUUGGCACUGCGAAGAGAUGUUGCAUCCCUUUGCAUUUUCUUUCGCAUCUACCAUGGGUAGUGCUCUGAGGAAUUGUUCGGAUUAAUCCCAGCCGCCAAAUUUCACGAACGCACAUCGCGGCAGAACUCCCGAUACCAUUCACACCAUCUGGAUGAUUGGCAGUCCACCACUGUGCGAUUAUGAAGAUGUUUUCUUCCUCGCACGACCUCCUUGUGGAAUCGAUUACCAUCUGCGAUUUUUCCGGACCGAUACGACUUAGGGACCUUCAAGAAAAGAGCGUACUCCUUUUUAAAAGGCCGGCAACGCAUCUGCAAUUCCCUCCCUGGUGUUGCAGUUGUUCAUGGGUGGCGGUAGUCACUUACCAUCAGGUGAGCCGCAUGCUCGUUUGCCCCCUCUCCCAUAAAAAAAAAUCUGCACAGUUGUAGCCAUGAAUAAAUCGGAUUCAACUAAAUUUGACCAAGUGGUGUGUAAUUUAUGUUAUUGUUUAUUACAUACAAUAAACAAUAUAAAUCAUGUAAUUUCAUCUAUUUUUUCUACAGUUUUAUAUGCUUUUGUCAACUUAAGUUUGGACGACUUAUCUUGAAAAAGGUAACAUAAACCUACGCUCAAAACUAAAUGUGAAUUUAGCCGGAUACUCUUAAGGAUAUGAAUUAUACUAACAUAUACCGGAGCAUAUAUGCUUUUAGGUAAUGCUAUAAGUAGGAACUACACUGAAAUGUGACUGCUAUCCCAAUGUUUCCCGUAAAAGCCUUAAGGAAACGUGUACAUUACAAGAUCUUAAAUUCUGAGUCAUGGUUGGACUCGCAUAUUUUAGGGUACAUAUACAUAGUUGUUAAUUUUAUGCUAUAACCUUUUUUGCAGACGAGAUAAGCCCAACUCUAAAAUUUUCAUCAAAUUGUUGUGCUCGGCCGAUUUGGAUGGUCAAUAUGAGAUGAAAGGACACCUUCUCAUUCUUUCACUUGAAGGGAAUGGUGCGGUCCACGUAAAGCUGAGUAAGUAAAUGCCAUAAUUUUUGUUUAAAAUCACAACAAUUAUAGAUUUUUUACCCGCGUGCAUAAAAUUAAAUAAAUUUCAUAUAAGAUAAUCAAUAAGCGAAUAAAACAUAUAGAUAUAUUAACAUGUUAUAAAACUUCAUAUCUUUAAUGUUAAGCAUACCUAAUAAAAUAUAUAAUUAAAAUUCAGUUUAAGUAUGAGUAUGUUUAAACUGAACUUUAAAGCGAUUAUUACGAAUACGUAAUAACCGAAAUAUAUCAUAGAAUUGUCUUAGAGCUAAUAUAUAUAUAUAUAUAUAUAUAUAUUUAUAUAUACCUUCGUAGACCAAGAAUGAUCAGUCUUCUAUCAAAUUUAGAUUUAAAAUGUUGUGUUGAUUAUUUAUAUGAUUCGGUCGCCAGCACUGUAGUGCCUCGAUUUUAUUCUGUCGUAAUUGACACAACUAGGCGAGAUCAGCAAGUAAUAGAAAAAGUGACGCAUUUUUCAUUACAUCCUUCUUCGCGGUUUCCUUUCAUUUGUUGUAAGUUAAAUUAAAGUAAGUUUUAGUUCUAAGUAACCCUAAGUUCUAGUAAAGUUGUUAUCCGAAUGUACCGAAUGUAAAAUAUUCGUAAUAAUUAUAUUCCAAAUAAGAUCUGCAAGAUUUUUAUCAUAAUUUCUUUCAAUUUAUGAAAUAUUUUAAAUGUUUAAUCAAUACAAAACAAUACAGUACAAUACAAACACUCACGCCUGUCACUCAGAGGGGUAGGCAGAGACUACGGACUUCCAUUUGGCGCGAUCCUGACACUUCUCUCGCCUCCUUUACAUCCAUAUAUUUACGCAUACACGCUCGUCGGUUAAGGGUACUCCUAAUCUGGCCCAUUUUCAACGUAUCGCCGAUUUGGUCGAUAAAUCUUCGUCUAGGGCGUCUCUUCCCGACUUUGCCGUUCACUUCUCAAACAUAAAUUUACUUUGUCACUCUUUCCUCGUUCAUUCUUUCUACGUGACCAAACCACCGAAGCAUUCCUUUUUUAAUCCUAGUCACAACGUCAUCUUGCAAACCACACAUUUCUCUUAUCACACUAUUUCUCACCCUGUCAUUCAGAUUCAGCCUAGCAUACUACGUAAUAACCGCAUUUCUACAGCCUUUAUUCUACUCUCAUGCUUCUUCUGCCAUACCCAACUUUCACUACCAUACAUUAAAAUAGAGACUAACACAGCAUUAUGAAUUGCCAUACGUGCCUUAUUUCACAUAUUCUGACUCCUCAUAAUACCGUGUAGAGCCCCAUCCACUCUAUUUCCUGCGUUCACUCGUCGUUCUAUAUCCUUAUCAUAUCUACCAUCCCUGCUAAAUAAACAUCCC